CCGGAAGUUAGAGAGAGGAAAGCUUGAACCAGAACCACCACCACCACCGCCACCACCACCAAGAAGAAGCCAUGCAUCUCCACUUCUUCUUCUCCUUCUCCUUCUCCUUCCUCCUCCUCCUCCUCCUCCUCGCCGGAGCUCCGCCGUCCCUGUCCCUCAACCAGGAAGGCCUCUACCUCCACGGCGCCAAGCUCUCCCUCUCCGACCCGGACUCCACCCUCGCCGCCUGGGACGACCGCGACGACUCCCCCUGCGGCUGGCCGGGCGUCGGCUGCGGCGGCGGCGGCGGCUCCGUCACCUCCGUCGACCUCCGCGGCGCCAACCUCGCCGGCCCUUUCCCGCUCCUCCUCUGCCGCCUCCCCAACCUCACCUUCCUCUCCCUCUACAACAACUCCAUCUCCUCCGCCCUCCCCGCCGGCGUCUCCGCCUGCCGCUCCCUCGCCCACCUCGACCUCGCCCAGAACCUCCUCACCGGCGACCUCCCCGCCUCCCUCGCCGACCUCCCCGGCCUGGCCUACCUCGACUUGGCGGGCAACAACUUCUCCGGCGCCAUCCCGGCGAGCUUCGGCCGGUUCCCGAGGCUCGAGGUGCUGUCCCUUGUGAACAACCUCCUCGACGGCCCCAUUCCGGGCUUCCUCGGCAACAUUAGCACUCUGAAGAUGCUGAACCUCUCGUACAACACGUUCACGCCGGGUCAGAUCCCGCCGGAGCUCGGGAACCUGACGAACCUCGAGGUGCUCUGGCUGACCGAGUGCAGCUUGACCGGGGAGAUCCCGGAGUCGCUCGGGAGGCUCAAGAGGCUCACCGAUUUGGACCUCGCCAUCAACUACUUGGAGGGGACCAUACCGAGCUCGCUCACUGAGCUGGAGAGCGUCGUCCAGAUUGAGCUCUACAAUAACUCCCUGACGGGGGAGCUGCCGCCGGGGCUGUCGAAGCUGACCGCAUUGCGGUUGCUCGACGCGUCGAUGAACCGGCUGAGCGGCGCGAUUCCGGACGAGCUGACUCGGUUGCCUCUCGAGUCUCUCAAUCUCUACGAGAACCAGUUCUCCGGCGAGCUGCCGGCGAGCAUUGCCGACUCGCCGAACUUGUAUGAGCUGAGGCUGUUCAAGAACCGGCUCACCGGCGACUUGCCCAAAAAUUUCGGCCAGAAUGCGCCACUGACAUACAUAGACUUGUCAACCAAUAACUUCUCCGGCGAAAUCCCGGCGAGUUUGUGCGCUAAAGGCAAGUUGGAGGAGCUUCUCAUGAUAGAGAACUCGUUCUCGGGACCCAUCCCGGAGCCGCUCGGCAGUUGCCGGAGCUUGACCCGAGUCCGCUUGGGCAACAACGGGUUGUCCGGUGAAGUUCCCUCGUCUCUCUGGGGCUUGCCUCGGGUUUAUUUGCUCGAACUUGCGGACAACAAGUUCUCAGGUCCCAUUGGAGAAGAAAUAGCGAGUGCUAGUGCUCUCUUCUUUUUGAGUUUAUCAAGAAACGAGUUUACCGGGUCUCUACCAAAAGCGAUUGGGACUUUAGUGAGCCUUUUAGACUUCUCAGCAAGCGAGAAUAAGCUUACUGGGUCACUGCCGGAGAGUAUUGUGAAUCUUGGGCAGUUGGGGAGGCUUGAUCUCCACCAGAAUGAACUGUCUGGUGAGUUGCCCAGUGGCAUUCAACAGUGGAAGAAGCUGAAUGAGCUGAAUUUGGCAAAUAACCAGCUCUCAGGGAGUAUCCCUGGUGAGAUUGGGAGCUUAUCGGUGCUCAAUUAUCUGGAUCUCUCGGGGAAUCGGUUCUCCGGGAGAGUACCGGUCGAGUUGCAGAAUCUGAAGCUCAAUCAGCUCAAUUUGUCCUACAACAGGCUAACCGGUGCUCUGCCUCCGAUGUUUACUAAGCAAAUGUACCGAAACAGCUUCUUGGGUAACACUGGCUUGUGUGGAGGUGGACUGAAGGGUCUAUGCAAUGGCGGAGACGAAGAGAGAAACUCUGGUUACGUGUGGUUGCUUAGAUCGAUCUUUAUACUUGCCGGGUUGGUUUUUAUUGUCGGUGUCGGUUGGUUUUACAUGAAGUACAAGAACUUCAAGAAUGCCAAGAGAGCUAUCGACAAGACGAAGUGGACGCUAAUGUCAUUUCACAAGCUUGGCUUUAGUGAAGACGAGAUCUUGGAUUGUCUCGACGAGGAUAAUGUUAUCGGAACCGGAUCCUCUGGGAAAGUAUACAAGGUUUUGUUGAGCAAUGGGGAGGCGGUGGCCGUGAAGAAGCUUUGGGAUGGACCCAGGAAGGGAAGUGAGAGCCAUGAUGUUGAGAAGGGUCCUGUGCAGGACGAUGGCUUUGAUGCUGAGGUUAAAACUCUUGGAAAGAUUCGGCACAAGAACAUUGUGAAACUCUGGUGCUCUUGCACUACAAGAGAUUGUAAGCUUCUUGUUUAUGAGUACAUGCCUAAUGGUAGUUUGGGUGAUCUGCUGCAUAGCAGUAAAGGAGGGCUGUUGGAUUGGCCUACGAGGUACCGGAUCGCGGUGGACUCUGCUGAGGGGCUCUCUUAUCUGCAUCACGAUUGCGUGCCUCCAAUUGUUCACAGGGAUGUGAAGUCGAACAACAUCUUGUUGGAUGCGGAGUUCGGAGCCCGGGUGGCUGAUUUCGGAGUUGCUAAGGUGGUGGAACGGACCGGGAAGGGCCAUGAGUCGAUGUCCGUGAUUGCCGGUUCUUGUGGCUAUAUUGCCCCAGAAUAUGCGUACACACUCAGAGUGAAUGAGAAAAGCGACACCUACAGCUUUGGCGUUGUUCUUCUAGAGUUGGUCACAGGGAGACGUCCCGUGGAUCCAGAGUUUGGGGAGAAGGACCUGGUCAAGUGGGUAUGCAUCACUUUAGAUCAGAAAGGUGUGGACCAUGUGAUUGACCGGAAACUCGAUUCCUGCUUCAAAGAAGAUAUAUGCAAGGUCCUCAACAUCGGACUGCAGUGCACGAGCCCUCUCCCGAUUAACCGGCCAUCCAUGAGAAGGGUCGUGAAGCUGUUGCAAGAAAUCAGUGCCGAAAAUGCGCCGAAGAAAGCCUACAAAGAUGGCAAAUUGACGCCCUAUUACUAUGACGACGCCUCGGAUCCAGGAAGCAUGGCUUGAGAAGUUUUUAUCCCUCUUUGUCACAGGAAGGAGAAACUAUUCUCCUUUUGAAUUUUGCAGGGUACUCUCAGUACGCACUCAUUCUGCCCGACACUUUGCUUCAAUGACGAAGAGAUCAAAAGCCGUUAGAAGAGAUUUUUCUUUUUCGAGGUGGAAAUAUCCAAGAAGAAGAGGGGUUGGCCAGGAAAGAAAGAAGUUUGGUGCAUAUUUACACCUGUAAAUUUUAAUAUCAUCAUUUGAAUUUUCUGUUCCACCGGGUUUGUGAGUAGGUUCUUGCUUUUACACCUCCUCCCUGAGAGUCCUCUGCCCUUUGUCUUCGAGGUUCAUUUGAAGAUGCAUUCUCUCUGGUAUAGUCGAGGUGUUUCUGAAAAUGAGAAGCUGUGGCUUUUAAUUACAAUACCUGCGAUAGUGAAAUAUAUCACUUUUGGCUUUC